AAAGACUUUGUUUCGCAAAGACUCGCGGUAGCCACGCAGGAUAUUUUAGCGGCCGUGGAAGGAAUCGUAGCAGGAUAUGAGGAGGAGGCUUCGUUCUUAAGGGAGCAAAUCGACCGGCAGAGGAAGCAGCUGGAGCUGCUGCAGCAGCCGCGGGUUCAACUGAAUUUAGCUGGUGAAAAUCAAAGCAGGAGACAGAGUGACCAGGAGGAGAAGGAGGAGGAGGAGGGUGAAACUGAGGAAGACGAUAACAGUCUGACAAGGUUCUUCAGAAGAAUCAUAUACUUUUCCUCAGGGUCAAUACAGAAAGUUGUUACACAGUGGAACUUGUGGAUCUCCAGAUUUGCUUUCUGGAAAACCCACGGACUAAAGUGCUGACUAAAAAUGGUAAAUAAAAUCAUACAGGAUUAAAGGAGUAGUUCUAGUUUUAUACAUGGUUGUAUCAGUCACUGCAGAGACACGUUUUCAGUGUUAGAUACAUAUUAGUGAUUGUUCCUAAAACUCAUCUACACUGUGAAGCAAACACAACAUAAAGUAGUUUUUCUUCUGUUCCUUCAAAGUUCUGAAAAAAUGUCCAAUGUUGACACUUAAGUGUCCUCGAAGUCUUCGGGAGUCAGACCUCCUGGACCUGAUAAGGUCCAGCGUCCCUCAGCUGGCAGGGCAGAACCAACCUUUUGACAUCCUGACGUCUGACAAGGGGCGGAGCUUACAGUGUUUGGACCCAAAGACCUGGACACUGGAGGAAUUCUUUGAAAAUAUUCAUUCUGCUGAAGGCCAGACAUCCACCAUCUUCAUCAGACCAAAGAUACAAAAAGAGACAGAAAAAAUGGAGGAAGGGUCAAAUCUGGAGACAAAGGCCUCUACGUCUGCUGCCCCCAUGUGGCCAUGUGAAGACAUCAGCCCACAGACCAGGUACACCAGGUGGAACAUCAAAUCAGAAUUUAACAUUUCAAAAAUUUCACAAGUUCUUUUCUGUUUUUCCCAAAGCAGUUAUCUUUGUGAUGAGAAGGUUGAGGAGGAGGAGGAGGAGGAGGAGGAGGCCAAAGAGGAAGGGCGCAGCAUUAACAUCCUGUUUACAAGCUCAACAUCUCAGGAGGAAAGCAACAUGCUAACAGAAGAAGCUAAUGAUGAGAAUCUGAGGAUGCUGCCGGUUCUGGACACUGUGUUCUGUCCUACAGCUCAAAGUGAACAUGAAGUCAAAGUAGGAAAAGAUCUCAGACCUGACGAGAGAGAGGAGAAGAACCAGAACAUGAAAAUGAAUAAGCAGGAAAAUGGUGACAACAUCCCUGUUUGUAAAGUCUGUGGAGCUUUCAACGGAUCUGACGAAGCAUUCGUCCAACAUGUCUGGAGUCACACUGACGAUGCAGGAAGUGUCUGCGGCAUCUGUGGAGAACGUCUGGAGACCACAGAGUUCCUGAAGGAUCAUCUUCAACAGUGCCAUGAAUCUCACAGUAUUGAUGAACACAUGACCACACAAUCGGACCGGACGCUGCAGAAAUGCAACCUGUGUGAGGCUGCCUUUGUGUCGAAGAUGUCCCUGGAGAACCAUCAGAAGAUCCACGAGGGUCUAAAACCUCAGGAGGAGCUGAAGAAGAAGAAGAUGCACAUGUGUGGCGUUUGCGGCAAAUCCCUCAGCGACUACAGGUCUCUGUCCCGGCACAAGAUGAUCCAUUCUGGAGAAAGACCGCACCGAUGUGAGGUCUGUGGGCGGAGCUUCAAACUGGCCGGCACCUUAAGGCAACAUGAGAAGAUCCACAUGGACCGAGAGCGAUCGUACCUGUGCGACGUCUGCUGCAAGAUGUUCCUGACCAGCAAGCAGCUGCAGAUCCACAUGAGGACACACACUGAUGAGAAACCCUACAGCUGCAACCAGUGUGGACGCGGGUUUAACACAAAGGGAACACUGACCAUUCACAUGAGGAUCCACACCGGAGAAACACCGUACCGCUGCCCUGACUGUGGGUGGGCCUUCAAGCGCAAGAGCAACCUGGACAACCAUGUCACCACCCACUCGGGUGUCAAAGCCUUCAUCUGCGGCGUUUGUGGGAAGGCGUGUGCUCGCAAGACGCACUUGAAUGUUCACAUGAGGACACACAACGGCGAGAGGCCGUACAAGUGUACGCUGUGCGACAAAGCGUUCACGCAGAGCCACUGCCUCAAAACACACAUGAAAAGUCACCGCACGGCAGAAGCUGUGACGUAGCAAAAAAACACAUGACAACUGAUUGGAAUCUGACCAGUUAUAUGAAGCACUUUCUGUACAUUGCGGUAGGUUGCGUGCUAACACAUGCUAUUUAAAUUAAAUCUAAUAAAAUACUAAUGAUUA